AUGACGAUUCUCAUCGAUCGCAACUCUGAUCAGAACGGAGACGAAAUUGUAGAGAAGAAUCAGGUGAAUGAGAAAGAAACAGAGUUGGUGUUGGAUGGAGGUUUUGUGGCACCUCAAACCAACUCUUUUGGUCAAACCUUCAGGGAUUAUGGUGCUGAGAGUGAGAGGAGAAGAAGCGUGGAGGAGUUCUACAAAACCAAUCACAUUGGCCAAACCGUUGAUUUCGUGAGAAAGAUGAGGGAAGAGUACGGGAAGCUAAACCGAACCGAGAUGAGCAUUUGGGAAUGCUGUGAGCUUCUGAAUGAGUUUAAAGACGAGAGUGAUCCUGAUUUGGACGAACCUCAGAUCGAACAUUUGCUUCAGACAGCUGAAGCCAUCAGGAGAGAUUACCCUGACCAAGACUGGCUUCAUCUCACCGGUCUUAUCCAUGAUCUCGGAAAAGUUCUUCUUCACCCUUCAUUUGGAGAGCUUCCUCAAUGGGCUGUUGUUGGCGAUACUUAUCCAGUGGGAUGUGCUUUUGAUGAAUCUAUUGUUCACCACAAGUACUUUAAGGAGAAUCCAGACUACAAUAAGCCGAGUUACAACACUAAGUACGGCAUAUACACCGAAGGUUGUGGACUUGACAAUGUGUUCAUGUCUUGGGGACAUGAUGAUUACAUGUACCUCGUUGCAAAGGAGAAUCAAACUACACUACCAUCAGCCGGUCUUUUCAUCAUCAGAUACCACUCGUUCUACCCUCUUCACAAAUCAGAAGCAUACAAGCAUUUGAUGAACGAUGAGGAUAGAGAGAACAUGAAGUGGCUGAAAGUGUUCAACAAGUAUGAUCUCUACAGCAAAAGCAAAGUCCGUGUAAACGUGGAGGAAGUGAAACCCUAUUAUCUCUCCCUUAUCAACAAGUAUUUUCCGGCGAAGUUGAAAUGGUGA